GUCCAAAUGAACCUUAUUGUUCGUAUUUUGCGAUAAAUUCCGUUAGAGUGGGGCGUUUGAACAAUAACCUCCUAUCUACGUUCAUAUCCUGGUAUUGUUUGGUUUGCUGCCAACCUAACGCUGAGUUCCUCCCAAACAGCAGAGGGCGCUAUAAGCAGAGCUAAAAUACUUCUUUUCCUACCUUCCACCCGGAUGUUAGUCUCACCAGUAACACACAUGUUGAUGCCGAUACACAUACAGUCGUGUCGCCUCUGAAAUGGAGUUAAACAUCAAGAAAACGAGCUCACAGGCUUUGCUGACAUGUGGCAACGGAGGAGGACUCAAUGAGAAGCUUCUCCUCAAGCCAAAGGCCAGCAGAUCCCUGCAGACAGAGAGAGUCCCGAGAAGCAGCGUGUUGGAGCGGCUGCAGAGCUUCCUCCCACAGAUGGCUGAGGCCAACGAGAAGCUGAAGCAGCAGAUGGAGGAAUCCCCCGCUGGACGCUUCGACAUAGAGAGCGUGGAGGAGACGGAGAGGGUCAUAGAGAUGGACGUAGCACUGGUGGAGCUCAGCGGGUCAGACAGCGACUCCGAAGACGAGGAGGAUUCGUCGGACUCCGAGGAAGAAUCGGACUCUGAUGAAGAGAGCAAGAUCACAGAGCAGAACUUGAAACUACCUGGACACAAAGGCAAGAAGAAAGCCAACAUCCAAGUUCUGGACCAGCAGGCGGAGUAGAUGAGUCAGCUGUGUACCAGGUUUCUUUGCCCCUCUGAGGAGAUGACUUCCAGCUGCCUCAGGACUGAAGGGAUUUUAAACCUACUUCACAGAGACGGUGGACAUUAGGCUACUGUGUGGAGAGAUUCAGACCUUCCUCAUCCCUAUGGGAACAACAGUUAUUAUUAUUUUGUACAUGUAAAGGUCAUAUUCUUAAAAGUGCCUUCAGAGCCAGAACAGA